CUCAGCAUGGGCGGUUUCAUCAUGGCCAAUGAACGACUUCGAGGACUUCCUCAACGCAUCCGGGGACACCGAGGACCAGCACUUGGUGAAGCGCCAGCCGCAGCGCCAGCGCGGUGGCAGCCCCUCCUACCGUGGAGGACGAGGACGUGGAGCUGGACGUGGUGAUGACUUGGGCUUUGGACGAGGUGGUGAUCCAUAUGCUUCGAUCGAGUUUGGUGCGAUCGAGUUUGCUGGAGAAUUGUCACGCCCGAAGAGCUUGGGAAGCAAGACCAAGGCUGGAAAGCAUGGCGGGGGCGAGCGAAGUGAGCCUGCAUCUUCCCCCUCUGCAGUGAGGGGUGCGGCUCGUUCCAAGGGAGGAGCAACACCCUCUGCAAAGUCUGAACCUGCCAAGGCGGUUUCUGAUUCUGAAAGCUCUGGGGCUGCACAGAGCGAGGCUGAGGCCCAGGGCGGGCAGGGCGGGCAUUCAUUGUUUGCUAGCUACAAAGCAGAUAUCGACCAGCAACUACGCGAGUCUCAAGAAGAAUUGAAAAGGCAAGAGGAAGAAAGAGAAAGAAAGAAAAAGGAGGAGGAAGAACGUAAACAAGCAGAAGAAACAAAGAGGAAAGAGGAGGAGAAGAAAAAGGCUGAAGAAGCGGCUCGGCUUGAGGAGGAGAAGAAGCGCGAGGCUGAGGAAGCUAAGCAGAAAGAAGAGGAAAGAAAAAAGCGCGAAGAAGAGGAGGCAAAGAAGGAAGAAGAGCGACAAAGACGUGAGGUGGAGGAAGCCAAGAGAAAGGAAGAAGCUGAGAGACAGAAGCGUGAAAAAGAAGAAGAAGAAGAAGAGAGAAGGAAGCAAGAAGAGCAGCAGAGGCGGGAAGCAGAGGCUCAAAAUGAGGAACAGUUGAGACAAGAAGCUGAGGCCAGAAAGAGAGAAGAAGAGAGAAGGCGGGAAGCCGAAGAAGAGUUAAGGAAGAGGGAAGAAGAGCAACGGAGGCGAGAAGCAGAGGAGGCCAAAGAGGAGCAGAAGAGACGAGAAGCUGAGGCAGUGAAGGCAGAGGAAUCACAGAAGGCGAAAAACACAGAAGUUGAGGAGAAAGAAGACGAGACUUUGCCAGCUCGAACGCACGUGGACGUGGAAAAGAAGACGGAGGAGAAUGUGAGGACACCCACAGCAUCCGUGGCACCAUCUUCUCGAGCUGCCUCCCCGUCCGCCCCAUCUGUGACCUUUCCAGCUCCACCAGACCCAAGUCCACGCAUCCAAUCUCCAUCUCCAGAAAGGCCACCUCCCCCAUUUCCAGCAUCAAGGAGCCCGUCUCCAGCGGCAUCCCAAAUAUUUCCUCCAAUGCCACAAUCAGUUCCACCAGUCCCACAACUUCCGAGAACUGAGUCGAGCUCACUGAGCCCUGCUGUUGGCGCACCUCGAGUAUCAGUUCAAUCUCCGCCUCCGCCCAAGGCUCCACAGGUGGCACCCCAGGUGGCACCGCAGCCCACCCGCAGCGUGUCCAGUCCAACUCCACGAGCCCCGCAGUCGAACCAAGCGCCGCGGCUGCCGCUGCCAGCCCGAACCUUGGAGGUCCCUGAGGAGGGACGCACGGCCACAAACAGCCUUCCAUUCAUGCCACAUGACCUUCAUAGUCGCAGUGCUUCGACUGCACCUUUGGGUGCUGCCCCUGGCCCUGCACAUCCCUCAGAUCGUUGGUGCCUUCCGUGUGAGGAUGGCAAGUUGUUGGUGUUGCGCUCCACUGAAUCAGCAGAGCAGCAGGAGAUGAAUGCCUACUGGCGUUCACAGGCCAGAGGUCAGGUCUUGGAUCCUCCACGACCCGAUGCCAACGCUUCGCUGUUGAUGAGCUCAGCUACCAGUGAGCGUUCAGCACCCUCGCCAGGCAGCCAUGGCCAGAGCCACGCACCAGAUCCGGCCCUGUUGGACUUGGCACAGCGAGUGGAUCGGAUGAAGCUCGAAGCGUGCCAAGGUGAGAUCCAAGGUCUCAAGAAGAAGUUGGUGCUUCUGGAAGAAUUCAACACGGACUUGGCCAAGUUGAAGACCACCGCCGAAGCCCAGGCCAUGCAGUUGGAUGAGCAGCUCAUGCGAUCCAGGAUGGAGAACAAGAAACUGCAGGAUGCACUCAACAACCAGGCAUCGCAGUUGCGAGAGAUGAGAGAAGCGAAGAUGGCCCAAGAGGAACAGGUCCAGGAAGCUCAGGAGCAGAUGUCAGCAGCGGCUCAGCAGGUGGUGGAAGCAACCAGCAAGCAGGCCGUCCUAUCGCAACGUGUGGCUUCUCUGACACAAGAGCUGGCAGGGCUUCGCGAAGAGAGGGACACCUUGAAGGAGGACUUGGCUUUGUGUGGCAAGGAGAAUGUGGACCAAACCACAUCAAGCACUCCUCAGAAGUUGAAGGAGCAACAUGUCAGUCCAAAUGCUCUGUUGGGCCGGAUGCAAGCUGAGUUGGCGAUGUCCGAAAAAAUGCUCCGGGCGUGCGAGAAAGAGAACGAAAACUUGGCCCAGCAGAAUCGACAGCUUCGGCAAGGCGCACGACUUCAGAGGGAGGAAGUGGACGGACGACAGCUGCAACUCGUGGCUGAACUCAAUGCUGCCAAGGCUGAGGCCGCUGCCAAUCCCGCCAGCAUGCGACGCCUGGCCGAAGUGGAGCGUGAAUUGGUGGCCGCCAAGGAACGGGCAGAGGAGCACGCCCGGGAGCUGGAACGAUGCCGGGAAGCCAAAAGACAACUGGAACGGGAAAUCAUUGCAGGACCGCCUCCAAAACCUCCAAAUCAAGAGUUGGAACAGAUGGAAGCGAGAUGUGUAUUGGCUCAGUCCGAAGUUGCGGAAAUGCAGGAAAAGCUUCGAUACUAUGCGCAGAGCCAGCAAGCAAUGGAGGAAGAUCGAAGGCAAGUUGAAAAGCUGUCUGAAGAACUGAGGGCUGCAAAGACAGAGAAUGGGGACUUAAGGAGGAGGCCAGGACUGAAGGAAGCCAGCAAGAAGAUUGCAGAGCUGCGGCGUCAAAACGAGGAACUCAAUGAAUGUUUGAGAAAGCGCAAUCCUGACAGCAUUUUGGCCCUCAUAAAGGCUUGUGAACCAGCACCGGAAGAGAAACGUGAACUUCGUGACCUGAAGGGUCGCAUUGCUGAGUUGGAAGCGCAGCUGCAGGAGCGGGAUGCAAUGUACGACCGGCGGAUUCGAGGCUUGCGUGCUCAAUAUGACCAUAUGCGGCAUGAGUACGAACGUCGAUCUGAGAGUAAGAGACUGGGACCUGACUUGGUGGAAGAAUCUAUCAGGCGAGUGGGGCCAGAUCAUGAGGCUGUGCUUCAAGCCCGGAUCAAGGAUCUCGAACGUCAGGUGGAGCACACCAAGUCCUACUAUCUCACCAAGCUCAGAAAGAGGGAGCCUUUGGUACCUCCGUGGAAGCCCGGUGGCAAAUCGACUGCCCAUACACAAAAUCCCAGCGAGACACGUCAAAUCCAGCACUUGCAGCAGCAACUGCAGGAACGUGAACAGCGGAUUGCUGAACUUGAGAACUGUGCCCGAGCCCAGAGUUCCCAGAGUCCCCAGAGUCCCCGUCAGAUGGCAUAUCCUCCAGCUCCCACAGUUCCUGCAGUUCCUGCAGUUCCUGGGUACCCACCUCCAGCUCCACCAGCGCAUCCAUCUCCGGCCGUGGCUUCCAGUUUGAUCCGACUGUUCAUGGCAUCUCCAGAGGGAUCAGCAAUGGUGGCGCUGUGUACUGCACAGCACUGGCUUGCUCAGUCGAUGCGUUUGGAGCGCUAUGACGAGGUGGCCGCGCAUGCUGAGAUGCUGAUCCCGAUCUUUCUGGCAGCUGAAUCUGCAGCAAAAGGAUCUGGUGAACCAGUGGAAAUGGACAUGUCCUAUGGCACUCAUCGUGUGUUGCUCCAGCACGACGCAUUAAGGCUUGAGAUGCCAUUGCUUCCCAGCCGCGUUUGGAAUGCCUGGCGCCAUGCCAUGCAGCGCGUGGCCGUCAUCGCUUCACAAGCCAGCUUGGGUGCGACGCACAGGCCCAAAGUGCAGCUCCAGGAGGCCAUGGCGGAGCUGCGCCAGAGCGCCGAGGCUGUGAUCCAGCAACUGCUGCCAGAUGGCCAUCCAGGUCCGGCACCUGGCGAGUCCAUGUUGCCGAGGCUAUCGCUCGAAGCGGUUCGUGAGGAUUUGGAUCAACGAUGCGAGGAUCAGGUAUCUUCGAGGUUGUUGGAAGAGGCAGAGGCACAGGCAGGUUUGGAUCAUCGCUUGCCCUGGGCAGAACUUCUAGCAGUUCUGGUGCGCUCUGGCAUCUCAAAGCAGUGUGUGGACUUGCACGGGAACCCAGCAAUUAGGAUCAUGUUCACUCGCUGGAUGGUCUCUUUCGGCAUCGUUCUUGGAGUUCAAGGAUCAGAGCGUGGUGUACGCCGCCAUGCACAGCCAGUUGAGUUGGAAAUCUCAGCUUCAGGGGUGGCUAAGAACCAGAUCUACAUGCGGCGUGAGGCCAGCUAUGAAGCUGAAGCUGCUACUGCUGAGGCCCAAGAUGACUGUACUGGCUUGAAAGUGGCAACGGCAUGCUCCAAUGCUGAUGUGAAUGCCUCAGCAGCAUCAUGUGAAAGCUACAAGGCACCAAAAGGAGCUGCAUUCUAUCGCUGCUCGUGGAAGCGGUCUGAACCAAAUCACGGUGAUGAACCAGGAGUUCCUGCAGCGUGCCUUUUGGAUGAGAAGGCAGGCGUUUGUGGUCGACUGGGAGACAGUUCCGUUACACGGAGCACCUGA